AAUCUAUUUGCCGCCAUUUGCAAUUUGUAAACAAAAACUUCGUCCUUUCUUUUCUGUUUUCUUGCAGAGUGCGUCGAUAUGAUACUUUAUUAACCAAAAACUGAUAAUGUAUAUCAAACAGGUUAUUAUUCAAGGUUUCAGAAGUUACAGGGACCAGACUGUGGUGGAACCUUUCAGUCCUAAGCACAAUGUCAUCGUUGGCAGAAAUGGAUCAGGGAAAAGUAACUUCUUUUAUGCCAUCCAGUUUGUACUGUCAGAUGAGUUUAGUCACCUGAGACCUGAGCAGAGACAGGCAUUGCUGCAUGAGGGUACUGGUCCUCGGGUCAUCUCUGCUUUUGUGGAAAUAAUUUUUGACAACAGUGACAACCGAAUACCUAUUGAAAAGGAUGAAGUUGUACUACGACGUGUCAUCGGGUCUAAGAAAGAUCAGUAUUUUCUUGACAAGAAGAUGGUCACUAAAGGUGAUGUUAUGAAUCUCCUAGAAAGUGCUGGGUUUUCCCGUAGUAAUCCUUACUACAUUGUGAAACAAGGAAAGAUAAACCAAAUGGCAACAGCUCCCGAUUCUCAACGAUUAAAGCUUUUACGUGAAGUGGCAGGUACUAAGGUUUAUGAUGAAAGGAAAGAGGAGAGUAAAGUCAUUCUUCGAGAAUCAGAGGGAAAGAGAGAGAAAAUUAACGAUCUGCUGAAGUAUAUUGAGGAAAGAUUGGCAACCCUUGAGGAAGAGAAGGAAGAACUGAAAGAAUACCAAAAAUGGGACAAAAUGAGGAGGUCCCUGGAAUACACCAUACAUGACCAUGAGUUGAGGGAUACAAGAAAAAAGCUGGAUGAUCUUCAAGAUAAACGAGAAACAAGUGGUGUACAGACACAAAAAUUACGUGACUCCCAGCAAAAUGCCAACGACAAAGUGAAGGCUAUCAAUAAAGAUCUUCGAGAACUGAAGACAAGGAUGCAGACCAUUUUAGAUGAAAAAGAACAAAUUGCAUCAGAAAAUCAAGAUCUGACCAAGAGGAAAGCAAAGUUUGAGCUGAAUAUUAAGGAUAUCCUAGAUGAUCUAGAAGGUGACAAAAAAGCCAGGAAAAAAACAGAAGAGGAGCAGAAGAAAGUGAAUGAAAGAAUUGCUAAAACACAGGCUUCCUUGGAAGCCAUAACCCCCCAGUAUGAGGCUCAGCAGAGUCGGGAAGAGAACUGCACUCAGCAGCUAUCUUUGGCUGAACAGAGGCGGAAAGAACUUUAUGCUAAGCAGGGGCGAGGAAACCAAUUCACGUCGAGGGAUGAACGAGACAAUUGGAUAAAGAAGGAGCUCAAGUCACUGAACAGAGCAAUUAAAGACAAGGAGGAACAGAUUCGAAGAUUGCGAGAAGAUUUGACUAAUGAUACAAAAAGAGCUGAACAUUUAAAAGUCAACAUACAGGACAUAGGUAGCAAGACUGACCAGAACAAGGAUAUCAUAGACCAGAACCAGAGAAGUUCAUCAGACAUGAAGAAAGAGAAGGAAACCAUCCACAAUGAUAGAAAUGCUAUGUGGAGACAGGAAAACAUCAUGCAGCAGGAGUUGGUCGGUAUCCGUGAGGAGCUCAGUAAAAAAGAACAGGCUCUACGUUCAAUGACGGGCAAAGCAAUUUUGAAUGGAAUAGAUAGUGUCCAAAAAGUGAUACAAUCUUUCCGAGACCAGCGGAAAUUUCCUGAGGUGUGUGAUGGCUACCUGGGUAUAAUGAUCGAGAACCUGGACUGUGAAAAAGCUUUCUUCACGUGUGUGGAGGUCACGGCGGGCAGCAGAUUAUUUCAUCACAUAGUUGACACGGACAGAACUGGCACAAAGAUUUUGGCCGAGAUGAACCGGCUCCGGCUACCAGGAGAGGUAACCUUUAUGCCACUCAACAGACUGGAUGCCCGUGACACCCCCUACCCCAACAUAAGUGAUGCCAUCCCAAUGAUCAGCAAGCUCAAUUAUGAUCAGCAAUUUGCUCGUGCAAUAAAACAUGUCUUUGGUAAAACCCUGAUUUGUCGGAACAUUGAGACUGCAACCCAGAUAGCUCGCACACAGAAUCUGGAUUGUAUAACUCUGGAUGGUGACCAGGUGAGUCGAAGAGGUGCUCUAACUGGUGGUUUCUAUGACACAAGGCGAUCUAGACUUGAUCUGCAGAAGAGCAAGCUUGAAUUACAACAGAAACUUGAUACACAGGAAAAGGAAUAUGCAUCUCACAAGUCCAAACUGGAGGUCCUGGAAGCGAAGAUCAACAACCUUGUUAGUGAGAUGCAGAAAACGGAAACAAAAAACAGCAAAAACAAAGACACAUUUGACAAGAUGAGAGCAGAUCUAAGGUUAAUGACAGAAGAAUUGCAAUCCAUUGAGAGAUCCAGGUCCCCCAAGGAAAAGAGUGUAGCCAGUUUACAGACGAGUUUGGAGGCAAUGCAGGGCUCAGCAGCCUCCCUCAAUGAAGAGCUAGGCUCAGAUCUUCUGUCUCAGCUGAGUGUGGAGGACCAGCGCGAGGUGGACUACCUCAAUGAUCAGAUCAAACAGCUAACCCAGCAGAACAAAGAGGCCCUUACAGAGCGUAUACGGCUAGAAGGUGAGAAGAACAAACUAGAGAAUCUCCUCCACAACAAUCUAAUGAAAAAACGAGACCGGAUAAUCCACGAGUUACAGGAAGUAUCGGAAGAAGAACGGCGGGCCAGACUUGAAACCUUCAAUUCAGACCUUGCCACUGCUGAUGAUAGGAUUGUGUAUCUCAAAAAGCAAUCCAAAGAACUGGAUGACCAACUAGAUAAGAUGAAUAAAGAGCAAAAGAAUUUACAGAACAAUUUGGAAUAUUGGAAGGGGCAGGAAAAAGAUAAUAAUGACAAAAUCAGUGAUGAUGCAAAAGAGCUGGAAAAGAUGACGAACAAGCAAUCUUUGUUAUUGAAAAAGAAAGAUGAAUGCAUGCGGAAAAUUCGAGAACUUGGAUCAUUACCUAGUGAUGCUUUUGAAAAGUACCAGAAUUUAAGUUUAAAACAGUUAUUUAAAAAACUAGAACAGUGUAAUCAUGAACUGAAGAAAUAUAGUCAUGUCAACAAGAAAGCCCUGGACCAGUUUGUAAACUUCUCCGACCAGAAAGAGAAGCUGAUAAAAAGGAAAGAUGAACUAGACAGAGGCCAUGAGUCCAUCUUAGAUCUGAUGAAUGCAUUGGACCACAGGAAGUAUGAAGCCAUUCAGUUGACAUUCAAACAGGUUUCCAAGUAUUUCAGUGAGAUAUUCAAGAAACUUGCUCCUCAGGGACAUGCUGUGCUGGUGAUGAAGAAAGGCGACCAUGAACAGAAUGGUGAAGAUGAUGAUUCCCCACAAGCAGAUGUUCCAUUGGUAGAACAGUUUACAGGUGUUGGCAUCAAGGUAUCGUUCACAGGAAACAGGGCAGAGAUGAAGGACAUGUUACAGCUGUCUGGAGGACAAAAGUCACUAGUGGCACUCACACUUAUAUUCGCCAUUCAGAAAUGUGACCCCGCCCCCUUCUACCUAUUUGACGAGAUCGAUCAAGCAUUAGACGCACAGCACAGGAAAGCUGUAGCAGAUAUGAUCCAUGAACUGGCUGGGGAUGCUCAGUUUAUCACCACUACGUUCCGGCCAGAACUCCUUCAGCAUGCCGACAAAUUCUAUGGUGUCAAGUUCAGAAACAAGGUGAGUCAUAUUGAGUGUGUGAGCCGUGAGGAGGCCGAGGACUUCGUAGAAGAUGACACCACACAUGGAUGAGGAGAGAGUGUAGGUCUAGAUGGACAAGCAACUCCUUCAGGCAUCCUGGUCUGGAAACACAUUCAGCAAUAACAACUGUGUGGUACCUACCAGGAACUUCUCUACAAAAGGCAGCAUUUGUUUGUUAGAGUUAAAUGUGGUAUCUGUGUUCAGGUGACAUCAGCUGGCCCAGAGUGGCAUCUGUUUGUUCAGGUGACAUCAGCUGGCCCAGAGUGGCAUCUGUUUGUUCAGGUGACAUCAGCUGGCCCAGAGUGGCAUCUGUUUCAGCUGGCCCAGGGAGGCAUCUGUUUGUUCAGGGUGACAUCGGCAGUAACAUCUACAUCUUAAGGUAGAAAUGCCAUGUAACUCGUACUUAUUGCAGCACUUGACAUAAUUACGCAACAUCACAAACAAAAUCUUGGAACCAUGACAGUCUAAUGUCGUACAAGGAAAUUUGACUAGUUUAUUCAAUUAUGCACACAAAAAAAGUUCAAAUGUUUAAUUUAUGCUGUUAAGAAAUUGAAUGCUGAGGUACAUGUGCGAUACUCGUUCAAUAGUGUUCGAUCAUGGAUAUUUUCUAAAAAGAUAAAUACUAUUGAUACAUUGUGAUGGACAAUGUUUAUGUUUAAAGUCAAUAUUAUAGAUUGUUAAUGUUUGGUUUAAACAUCUUACUGGUGUUAAAAGAUAAAAAGCUUUAUGAAAGUCUAGGAAUAUGUAAUGUGCUAUUUUAAAAAGGGAAGUUCAGAUCAUGUUUGGUGUACAUUUUUUAAUUGACAAUUAUUAAGGUUGCCAUCUCAUUAAUCAUAAAAUCAUUUAUAGUAUGUAUUGGUAGGAUUGCAGAGAGAGAGGGGGGCAUACAGAGAGAGAGAGAAGGGGGGGGGGUUGAUUCAUACACAAAUGGGCGAUACAUACACAGAGAGAGAGAGACGUACACAGUUAACCCCGUAGUGAGAGAGAAGGAUGCAGUUUGAGAGAGUAAAUUAUAGGAUGUUUUUCCCUUUUUCAUUGUUGUCAUUCAUCGUAUGAACGUCAUGGCUACAUCUUGUGUGUUAAGGACAACACAUCUGACAAGUAUGAUAUAGUUAUAAAGAACUGAUAACACAAUAGGGAAGGACCAAUAAUCUUGCAACAAUGCAACCCUUUUUUAAUGCGAGCAUCUUAAUUUGGUACAAAUACAUGCUGAAAUGUAUUAUAAUAUUAUUUGGGAGGGAUGUGAAGUGGUCUCCGAGAAGGUCUGCUGAAAAUAAAUCUUGAUUCACAAUUAAAUGCGUUAAUAGCUACUGCUGUAUUGGGUGAUCUUUGUAAAGAUGGUGAUUUAGGCCAGUAGAAGUAUUAGGAAGUUUUCUAGAAAGCUAUGGAUGAGGGAUUGGGUGGGGAGGAUGCACCUAACUUGCACCAAAACACAAGUUAAAGUGUGAUGUCCCUCCAGUUUGACACUUUUAUGUGAUCUUCAGUAUCAUACACCAUCUAGAAGGAAGGUUUAAUGUACAGGUGUCUCUUCUUUUAGAAGGUACAGAGUUAUAAAUUAUUUGUCCUCAUGUGGGAGGAUUUAACAUAGAUAUCUGUAAAACAACACUUUUUUUGCUUUGAGCUGUCCUAAAUUCUGAUGUCAGCUUUAUUUAAAUGUCAUAUCACUUUGGUGAGGCAUUAUUUAGUCAGUUCCAAGCAGGUUACUUUACAUAGAAUUUACUUACAUAAUGUAUUAUAACUGACUGGACUUAAUCUGUGAAGGAGGACCAAACAGCUCAUUAAAACAUCCGUCUCAGGCCUUUGAAAAGUCCUGGGUUCUAAUCCUGAUCUGGCUGGUGACAUUUUCCCCUGCUUGUUUAACUAGCCUAGACAUGUAAACAGUUGGAGAGAAAACUUUAUCUAAGAGGAUAUUAGGGACAUGUGUGCACAUUACGUUUAUGUGAAAUAAUAUUUCAUGUAAUUACUGCUUGUUGUCAAGUGUUUUUGUAUAAUUGUUGUUAAUAAGAUGAAAAUAUUAAAUAUUUUUAAGUAUAUUGUGUAAAGAAAAAGUUUUCAAUGUUUAUCAUUCAUCUCCAUCUUAACCAUUCUGUAAUGUCCCUAUUAGAGUUGAUUUGAGUGUUCGUAUCAAAUCUGUUAGCUUUGUGUCCAGAAUUUAUCAUACUUUUAUCUGUGUAAAUAUUGAAUAAAUAUUAAAAAAAAAA